AUGGAGGCGGCGGGGCGCGCGGCCGGCGCCGACCUGUUCCACGGGCUCGUCAUGGCCGAGGAGAGGUUCCGCGGCGAGGGCUACCGGGAGGGCUGCGCGGAGGGCCGCCGCGCCGGGGCCGCCGCGGGCCGGCGGUGCGGGGCGCUGCGCGGCGCCGCCGUGGGCGCCGAGGUUGGCUGCUACCUUGGGUUUGCACAGACGUGGCACUGUCUGCUCCACAAAUGCACAGAUGAAAAGAACAGUAAGAAGAUAAGAGUUCUGAAUGCAUUAAUAGGGAUGAUUCAGAAAUUCCCUUACGAAGACCCGACUUACGAUAAGCUUCAAGAAGAUCUGGAAAAAAUCAGAGGAAAAUAUAAACAGGUUUGCUCAAUGCUAAAUAUUCAGUCUGAUUUUAGAGUCAAUACUGAAAGAUCGUCACUAACAUUUUGAGUAUAGCAGAAGAGGACAAACUUGGAUGACAAAAGAAGAAAUAUUAGAAGAACAUAUAACUAGGAAAUGUUUUCC